CUUUGAUCUGUGUUAAUGUGUGUGACCCAAACAGCAGCCCUGUUUAGGUGGGUACCACCACUGUCUGCUUUACCGGUGAGGACGUGGGGACACCGGUCUUCGUUCGCACAGCUGGGCGGAGGCGGCACUAAGGUCUUAGUAUCUGAGGUGAGACAUUCAGAAAUCGUGGGCGCGGAAGGGCAGGGCAGGGGUUACAGGAGUCAUUCAGUCGGUGGGGCCCCAUGUGGUGGCCUGCCGUCCUCAGCCCCCUCUUCCCGCUUACUGCCGGGUUGCUUUGACGGUGGAAGCACUUAGGAUCUCUGCAUAGGUGAGUCCUCGGUCCUCAGUCAGUGCACUUGCCCAUGAUCUUGGUAACCCAGUAUGGCAAAUGCUGGUGUCUUAGCAAUGUUCACCUCCCUUGUAUUUGCCUUUGGGUGUGGGGAUGCUGGGGUCACUAACGGUCUGUACCUUGAAUUUGGUGCAGUGGGGUGAAGUGUGGAACGGUGUCCAGGUAUAGGAACAAGCUUGGGCAAAAACAUCCCUGGAGGCUGAACUGCGAGUGUUCAGGGAGCCUCAGGUCUCCGUUAUGUUUGGUGUGAUCAGCGAGCAGGGGACAGAAUUCAACUCUGGAACAGGAGCCUAUGGAGCUGGGCUUCUGUUUUGGGAGUGGUGGGAGCCAUGGAAGGUUUAGAGCAGAGGAGUGAUCCGAUUGGUCUUCACAGGCUUCCUCUGGCUGCACAGUGAAGGAGAUUGGGGUGAGGAAAGAAGACUGUUGAUGGCUGGACUAGGUUGGUGGUUCUGGAGGUGAGGGACGGGUGCUGGAUUCUGGGUUUGUUUUUUGUGUCUCUUUAAGUAGGGCCAACCGGACUUUCUGAUGUGGAUGGCGAGGGAAAGGAGAGGACUCGGGGAUGACCUCACAGCUCCCACAGUUUUUGGCGUGAGAAGAUUUUUUGUGGUUGCUGAACAUAGCAGGGGAAAGAACUCUGAGCGCCUGACUGAGAGGUCAUGACUCUAGCCAUGGCUGGAGGGACGUGGACAGGCCCUGGUUAUUGGUGCGCGGCAAAAGAUGAAGAGGCACCUUCUGAGCACACCGUUUCUUUAGGAGUCUCCCAUGAUAGCAUUUCCAAGGCAGGUUCAUCAACCCAGAUGGCUCACCCUUGUGACAUUUGUGGCCCCAUCGUGAAAGACCUCUUACACCUGGAUGAACACCAGGAAAUAUGCCAAGGACUGAAACCUUACACCUGCGGGGCAUGUGGGAGACAGUUCUUGUUCAGUGCAAACUUUCACCAGCAUCAGAAGCAGUACAGUGUAGAGAAACCUGUCAGAAGAGACAGAGGCAAGACCUCAUCUGGGAAGAACUGUAGGGUUUGUGAAGAACCUCACCUGUCGGGAAAGCCCUUUCUGUGUGAGGAGCAGUGGAGCCUCCAGGCCAGUCUGGGCAGUCACCAGCGACAGGCCACCCACAGCAAGAAGAAGAGGAGGACUGGGAACGGGGAGGCCUCUCACAGCGGACAGAUGCAGUACAGCUGCAGCGAAUGCGGGAAGGCCUUCAACCGCAAAGACACGCUUGUCCAGCACCAGAGAAUCCACACCGGAGAAAGGCCCUACGAGUGCAGCGAAUGCGGGAAGGCCUUCAGCCGCAAAGCCACACUUAUCCAGCACCAGAGAAUCCACACCGGAGAAAGGCCUUACGAAUGCAAAGAAUGUGGGAAAGCCUUUAGCCGCAAAGACAAUCUUACUCAGCACAAAAGAAUUCACACCGGAGAAAUGCCUUACAAGUGUAGCGAGUGUGGAAAAUACUUUAGCCAUCACUCCAACCUCAUCGUACACCAGAGAGUUCACAAUGGAGCGAGGCCUUAUAAGUGUAACAACUGUGGGAAAGUCUUCAGACACAAAUCCACACUUGUUCAGCAUGAGAGCAUCCAUACUGGAGAAAAUCCUUACGUUUGCAGUGAUUGUGGGAAAUCCUUUGGCCACAAGUACACCCUCAUUAAACACCAGAGAAUCCACACUGAGGCAAGGCCUUUUGAGUGCAUCGACUGUGGGAAAUUCUUUAGUAGAAGCUCUGACUUUAUUGCACACCAGAGAGUUCACACAGGGGAAAGGCCAUUUGUGUGCAGCAAAUGUGGGAAAGAUUUCAUCAGAACAUCCCACCUUGUUAGGCACCAAAAAGUUCACACUGGAGAAAGGCCGUACGAGUGCAACGAAUGUGGGAAAGCCUAUAGUUUAAGCUCCCACCUCAUUCGGCACCAGAAGGUUCACACUGCAGGACGGCUUUAGGAGUGCUUUCAACACAACAGGACUUGUAUGGAGAGGGGCUUUGUGAUUGCCCUUGGAGAGGAAGACACCAGUCAGAUGUUGAACCUCACGUAUCUGAACAUUAGCACUGGGGAGAGACCUUAAGGAUGCCAGGUACAGGGACACUUUCAUGGGUUGCGUUGCACUUGCAGACCUGCUCAGGUUCCUUGCCAAAUUUGCCACCCAAUGUCUGUGGCAGAAACCAUCUCAGUUCUACCAGCUUCGUUUCUGUAUGUCCUCAGGGACACCUCCAGUCUCUGGAGGAAAUUAUGAGAAUCCUGAAUUGAAUGGGGUUCCUCAUUCCCUCCCCACUGACUGGUAAAGGUGUGGACCUCACCCAUCUUUAGCCAAGAGGACCUGAGCUGUGUUCUGGAGACUUAUAGAAGAACUUUACUUUCUUCAUGGACAUUGUUGGCCUCAUGUGGUACAUGUGACACAUUUUUCUCCGAGUCACCCCACCUGGAGAACCACUUGUUUUCUGUUGCUCUGGUCUCUGUGAUAAUAAAGACAUUAUUUAAACCAUC